GCCGUGCGGGGCCCGGGCGGGGGGCGGCGGCGGCGAUGGGCGGGUGCUGGGGGCCCGUGGUGCGGGUGCUGGUGCUGCAGGCGGCCUGGGCGCUGGGCGGCGGGCAGGUGCGCUACUCGGUGCCGGAGGAAGCCAAGGCCGGGACGGUGGUGGGCCGGCUGGCGCAGGACCUGGGCCUGGAGGCGGGCGAGCCGGAGGCGCGGCGGCUGCGGCUGGUGGCGCAGGGCCGGCGGGCGAGCGUGGAGGUGAGCGGGGCGAGCGGGGCGCUGGUGGUGAGCUCGCGGCUGGACCGGGAGGAGCUGUGCGGGAAGAGCGCGCCGUGCGCCCUGCGCCUGGAGGUGCUGGUGGAGCGGCCGCUGCGCGUCUUCCACGUGGAGCUGGAGGUCACCGACAUCAACGACAACGCGCCGCUCUUCCCCGCCGCCCGCAAGAACCUCAGCAUCGCGGAAUCGGUGUUGCCGGGGUCCCGCUUCCCGCUGGAGGGCGCGUCGGAUGCGGAUAUCGGGGCCAACGCGCAGCUCUCCUACACCCUCAGCCCCAGCGAGCACUUCAGUCUCGAUGUUAAAUCCCCUGAUGAAAAUAGAAAAUCUUUAUUCCUGGUGCUGACGAAAGGGCUGGACCGCGAGACGCAGCCCGUGCACCGGCUGCUGGUGACGGCGAGUGACGGGGGCCGGCCGUCUCUGACGGGCACGAUGGAGCUGGUGAUCUCGGUGCUGGACGCCAACGACAACGCGCCCCAGUUCAACCAGUCGGUGUAUAAAGUGCAGCUGCCGGAGAACGCUGCGGGGGGGACGCUGGUGACGCGGGUGAACGCCACAGAUCCAGACGAGGGUCUGAAUCAGGACUUUUCUUACAGUAUCAUAAGUCCGGUUAAUGCCGAAUACAGAGAUGUAUUCCGCAUUGAUCCUAAGACGGGUGAGAUCAGACUGACGGGUCACUUAGACUUUGAAGAGGUGCGUUUACACGAGUUGCAAAUCGAAGCGAGAGACAAAGGUUCCCCUCCGCUGUCGGGCCACUGCAGCGUGGAGGUGGAGGUGCUGGACGUGAACGACAACGCGCCGGAGGUGUGGGUGACGUCGCUGUCGGUGCCGGUGCCGGAGGACGCGGCGGUGGGGACGGUGGUGGCACUGCUGAGCGUGUCGGACCGGGACGCGGGGGCGAACGGGCGGGUGCGGUGCGCGGUGUGGCCGGCGGCGCCGUUCGGGCUGGUGGCGACGUUCGCGGGCUCGUACUCGCUGGUGCUGCGGGAGGCGCUGGACCGGGAGCGGGUGUCGGAGUACGAGGUGGAGGUGCGGGCGGAGGACGGCGGGGCGCCGCCGCUGCGCGCCAGCCGCGGGGUGCGGGUGCCGGUGUCGGACGUGAACGACAACGCGCCGGCGUUCGCGCAGGCCGUGUACACGGUGCUGGCGCGGGAGAACAACGCGGCGGGCGCGGAGCUGGCGCGGCUGUGGGCGCGGGACCCGGACGAGGCGGGCAACGGGCGCGUGAGCUACUCGGUGGCGGAGGGCGGCGUCGGGGGGCGGGCGGCGUCGAGCUACGUGUCGGUGGAGGCGGAGAGCGGGCGGCUGCGGGCGCUGCGGCCCUUGGACUACGAGGAGGUGCAGGUGCUGCAGUUCGAGGUGCGGGCGGUGGACGCGGGGGAGCCGCCGCUGUGCGGCAACGCCACGGUGCAGCUCUUCGUGGUGGACGAGAACGACAACGCGCCGGCGCUGCUGCCGCCCGCCGGCGGCGGGCCGGGUGCCGGGGCCGCGGGGGGCUCGGAGGCGCUGUGGGCGUGGGCGGCGUGGGGGGCGCCGGCGGGGCAGGUGGUGGCGAAGAUCCGCGCGGUGGACGCGGACUCGGGCUACAACGCGUGGCUGCGCUACGAGCUGUGGGAGCCGCGGGGGAAGGGCCCGUUCCGCGUGGGGCUGUACAGCGGCGAGGUGAGCACGGCGCGGGCGCUGGAGGAGGCGGACGGCCCGCGGCAGCGGCUGGUGAUCGUGGUGCGCGACCACGGCGAGCCGGCGCGCUCGGCCACGGCCACGCUGAGCGUGUCGCUGGUGGAGGGCGCCGAGGCGGCGCUGGCGGCCGCGGGCUCCUCGUCGUCGUCGUGGUCGUCGUGGUCGUCGGGGCCGGGGCUGCGGCCGGCGGCGGGCGCGGAGGGCGGCGCGGCGGCGGCGGCGGCGGCGGCGACGAACGUGUGGCUGGUGGUGGCCAUCUGCGCGGUGUCGAGCCUGUUCCUGCUGGCGGUGGUGCUGUACGGGGCGUCGCGGUGGGCGCCGCGGGCGGCCGUGCUGGCGGGGCCCGGGCCGGCGACGCUGGUGUGCGCCAGCGAAGUGGGGAGCUGGUCGUACUCGCAGCGGCAGAGCCGGAGCCUGUGCGUGGCGGACGGCGCGGGCAAGAGCGACCUGAUGGUUUUCAGCCCCAACUUCCCGCCGCCGCCCGGCCCCGCGGCGAAGGAGACGCAGCCGGAGCCGCCCGCUCCGCCGGACACGGUCAGUGGCCCUCCCUCUGUCGCCUCCCGCCCCUUCCCUCCCUCCCUCCCUCCCUCCCUCCUUCCCCCCUCCCGCCCUUCUGCCGCGCGUGCCGUGGGCGGGCGCUGGUGGGAGCCGGGCUCAGCCCCCGGGGCCCGCGGGCGGGGGGUGCGUGGCGGGUGGCACCGGCACCUCGGCCUCUGCCCUCGCGUCCUCUGGGGAGCCCCGCGGCUCUGGCGGGGCCGGGGGGGGCGGCGAAGGUGUCGCCGCACCCAGCAGCGGUUCCCGCCCGCAGCGGGGGCUCGCAGCUCUGCAGCAGAGUCAUUCCGAAAGCAGGGGCGGCGGCGCGGGCUUUUUUUCCCGCAGGGCGUCGAAGCUGCGUUUAGCCGUGUGAGUUACCUGGAGGAGGAGGAGCGUCCCCCCGCGAAGGGUUUGCAGAGGGGAAAUGUUCUGUCCCUGCUCCGCCCAGCUCUCGGGCUGGGGAGCUGCCUUCUUGGCCAGAGCACAAGUGGGAUAUAUGCUGCCCUGCUUUGAUGGUCUUUCAACACUUGAUUCGGAAGCCACAGCUUGAGAAAAAACACUCGCAAAUCCUCUUGUAGAAAGAACAGACAGAACAGUAGAAAGACAAAACAAAACGAACCAACAAUAAACAAGCAAAACCCCCAAACACACAAAAAAACCCAAAGCGAAACAGCCGACCCAAAAUACUUCACCCCAAGAGGUCAACACCAAAUCCUUCUACAGGGUAUUUAUCAUUGAUGAGACUGGUUGGCUUGUCAAUACCUGGGGUUGUUUUCUGACACCAUGAACGCAGUGCCUGUUGCUCUCAGUGUUGUGCUGACAUCCCCUCUCUAAGUAGCAUUGCUCCCAGGUUUGUAGCAUUUCCAUCUGAGAG